AUGAUCCAAACUGGCAACAUAUUCUACAGACCGAGAGAGAAGCAAGCUCAAGCAGACCAAAAGAGGGCCAAGUUUUUCCAGCCUGAAGGUGACCACUUGACAUUGCUAGCUGUAUAUGAAGCUUGGAAGGCUAAGAACUUCUCAGGUCCAUGGUGUUUCGAGAACUUUAUACAGUCACGAUCUCUACGGCGUGCUCAAGACGUGAGGAAACAACUUCUCAGCAUUAUGGACAAAUGUGGUAUGUGCUGGGAAGAAUUUCUCGCAGAUAAGGAAAGCAAUCACAGCAGGAUUCUUCUUCCACGGAGCAAGGAAAGAUCCACAGGAAGGUUACAGGUUACAAGAGCAGUGCAUCCGAGCAUGCUCUUUCAACGGCAGCCAGAUUGGAUCAUCUUCCAUGAGCUUGUGAUGACGACCAAGGUUUACAUGAUGGGAAGUGACUGUGCUUGA